GACGGACUGAAAAACAGACGAUCACAUUCACCUUCAGACCAAACUAACAACUUCGGCUGAGUUCAGCUACAGGAGAGAAAAGUGGAAACUACAACCCUGCUGCUUCAACCUGCUGACCCUCCCCCCCUGAAGCUUCACUCAGAGACAACAUGGCGUCCAAGUUAGAGCAAGAUCUCUGCUGUCCGGUCUGUCAGGAAGUCUUUAGAGAUGCUGUCAUUCUGUCCUGCUGCCACAGCUUCUGUAAAGCCUGUCUGCAGACCUGGUGGGAUGGGAAAGAAGUAAAAGAGUGUCCAGUUUGUAAGAGAAGAUCCUCAAAAGAUCCACCUUAUAACUUUGCUUUAAAGAACCUGUGUGAGACCUUCUUACAGGAGAGAGAUCAGAGAUCUCCAGAGGCUCUCUGCAGUCUGCACUCUGAGAAACUCAGACUCUUCUGUCUGGACCAUCAGCAGCCAGUGUGUGUCGUCUGCAGAGAUUCAAAAACACACACCAACCACAGAUUCAGACCCAUCGAUGAAGCUGCUCAGGAUCUCAGAGAGGAGCUCCAGAAGUCUCUGCAGCCCUUUCAGGAGAAACUGAAGCUCUUUGAAGAAGUUAAAGUGGAGUUUGAUCAAACAGCAGGACACAUGAAGGUCCAGGCUCAACACACAGAGACGCAGAUCAAGGAGCAGUUUAAGAAGCUUCACCAGUUUCUAGAAGAGGAAGAGGAGGCCAGGAUGGCUGCACUGAGGGAGGAAGAUGAGCAGAAGAGGAAGAUGAUGGAGGAGAAGAUGGAGGCUGUGAGCAGAGAGAUAGCAGCUCUUUCACACACAGUCAGAGCCACAGAGGAGGAGCUGAGAGCUGAAGACGUCUCCUUCCUGCACAACUACAAGGCUGCAGUGGAGAGGCUGCAGCGCCCCCUGCUGGAGGAUCCACAGCUGCCCUCAGGAGCUCUGAUAGACCAGGCCAAACACCUGGGCAACCUCAGCUUCAACAUCUGGAGCAAGAUGAAGGACAUGGUGUCCUACUCUCCUCUCAUCCUGGACCCAAACACUGCUCGUCCAAACCUCAUCCUGUCUGAAGAUCUGACCAGAGUGAGACCAGGAGGAGAGAGACAGAAACUUCCUGAUAAUCCAGAGAGGUUUGAUAAACACCCCUCUGUCCUGGGCUCUGAGGGCUUUAACUCAGGGACUCACAGCUGGGAUGUCCAGGUUACAGACAGUACAUUCUGGGUACUGGGUGUGUCAGCAGAGUCUGCCCAGAGGAAGGGAUUCACACAGUCUGGAUUAUGGGGAAUAUGUUUCUAUGAAGGUGAAUACGCAGCAUGUUCACCAUCAGCUCCAUCCACUCCUCUCAGCCUGAAGAAGAAGCUCCAGAGGCUCAGAGUGGAUCUGGACUGGAACAGAGGAAAGUUGUCGUUCUCUGACCCUGACACUAACACACACAUACACACCUUCACACACACUUUCACUGAGAAGAUGUUUCCAUACAUCAGCACUCUGGGGGAAGUGAAGAUAUUACCACUGAAGGUGUGUGUGACAGUGGAUCAGAGCAGGUAGAGAUACACAGGAUCAUUAUAUCUGUGGUGAUCAUCUCUUAAAGGGAUCAUUCACUGACCUCUGAACCUGUCCUCCUGCUGUCUCUUUAUUCUAAACAUGUUUUUAUUCUUGUUGUUAUUGAGUUUGAUAAUCUGCUUUUUGAUCAUACAGUCAACCUUUAUUAAAUUGAAACACGUGCAUUUAGCUGACACUUUUAUCCAAGUAACAUCAUGUUCAUCAAAUACGCUGAACUGCUUCCUUUAGAGGAAAUAAGAGAUAUAUAUUCUUUACAUUUGAAAUGAUCUCACCCAGAUUCAGAUCUUUAUGUCAGGUUAUAGUUUAACCUUCUCUGUUUUAUUGAAACUAUGUCGUUAUAAAUUGUUCAUUUGUGAUUUGUGCUUGAUGGGAAAAUAAAUAAAAAAUAUGUUUAAUCCAA